UCCAACCACACACACACACACACACAAGGUCACAAUUCUUUUUCUGUAACAAAACUGCAAAGACCUCUCUCAAAAUUACGGAAUACUUCUAACAAAAUCACAACGGUGCUUAGAGCUUGCAAAGGCGCAAAAACAGCAAGACUGACACUUGUCACCUCACAGCCUCUCCCUCUUUCUCUAUAUAAACUCCUCACUCCCUCAACACUUUUCCCAAGUCACAAUUAAGUGGUAGUUUCUGAACCAAAAAAAGAGUUCAAUUAGAAGAGAUGGGAAAGAGAAGUGCUUUGUUGCUAGUAGUGUUAGUGAUGUGCCAUGCAGUGGCCACAGUUGGUGGCUACUUUGAGGAUCCUGAAGGCAGGAGAGAGAGAGAAGAGGGGAGGAGAGAGAGAGAAGAGGGGAAGAGAGAGAGAGAAGGGCUGUUCUUGUUGAGGGACUCAAAGCAUGUGGUGAGGACUGAUGCUGGGGACAUGAGGUUGGUGAGGGGCUAUGGAGGGAGGAUUAUGGAAAGGCCUAUGCAUAUUGGGUUCAUCAACAUGGAACCCAAUAGCCUCUUUAUCCCUCAGUACAUUGAUUGCAGUUUAAUCCUCUUCAUUCGCAGAGGGGAAGCGAGGGUUGGAUCGAUAUACAAAGAUGAUCUGGUGGAGAAGCGAUUGACGGCCGGAGAUUUGUAUAGAAUUCCAGCAGGAUCAGCGUUCUAUUUGGUUAACCCACAGGAUAGGCAGAAGCUUCAUGUCAUUUGCAGCGUUGAUACAUCUGAGAGCUUGAAUUUGGGCAAUGUACAGUCUUUCUUCAUUGGUGGAGGAUCAUCUCCCACAUCUAUUCUUGCUGGUUUCGACCCUCAAACGCUUGCAGCUGCACUUAAUAUCUCAGCAGCAGAAGUGAGGGAGCUAACCACCAGGCAACAAUCCGGACCGAUCAUCCGCUUGUCAAAUUCGCACCCACCAAGCCUAUGGACACAAUUCCUUCACCUAGAGGAGCAUGAAAGACUGGCACACCUAAAGAGGAUGGUGUACUUGGAAGAAGAAGCUAAUGAAGAUGAGGUUCCAACAUGGUCAUUCAGGAAACUCUUGACUUCUGUUUUCGGAGAGAAAAAUAAGGACGAAGACAUCAAGAGAUCUAGGACGUCCCCGGACUCCUGCAACCUCUACAACAGACAGCCCGACUACAAGAACCGCUAUGGCUGGUGCACCUCCCUCGACGAGUCUGAUUACUCCCCUCUUAGCAACUCCGGCAACGGCAUUUAUUUAGUUAAUCUCACCGCGGGCUCAAUGAUGGCACCACAUGUUAAUCCAACAGCAACUGAGUAUGGCGUUGUGUUGAGAGGAAGUGGAACAAUUCAGAUAGUGUUUCCUAAUGGAACCUCAGCAAUGAACGCAAGAGUAAAAGAAGGCGACGUGUUUUGGGUGCCGAGGUACUUCCCAUUCUGUCAGAUUGCAUCUCGAAAUGGUCCCUUUGAGUUCUUCGGUUUCACUACCUCAGAGCCAUCACAGCGCGGAUCAGAGCGCAGGAACCGGCCACAGUUCCUGGUGGGAAAGAAUUCAGUUCUGAAUAACCUGAGAAACCAUGAGUCUGCUGCAGCUUUCGGUGUGAGCAGGAAGAGGCUCCGGCAUAUCCUUAAUGCUCAGCGUGAGGCUGUGAUUCUGCCUGCGUCAAACGUGGCACCACCUGAGACAAUGCAGGAAGAGGAGGACAAGAUGAAGAACAAUGUGAUACCAGAGGUGAUCAGGAACUUUGGCAAUGACAUGGUUAUGGGCUUUGAUUAAAGGCUAGCUAGAUGAGGAGUAGAGAUGAAAGCGGCUUUGGAAGCAUUUUUAUGAGUUUUUGGUUUUGUUUGUUUUUUUCUUUCCUUUUGUUUUGCUGAGUUUUGAGAGAUGUCAAUAAGAUGGUAUUUGUUUCUA